AUGGCGCUGGAUCUGGACGAAGGAUAUGUUGCUCGGGGCCUAGCCCAAGGGGGAGUGGAAACUACCUUACCCAUCUUCAAUGUUGAACGCGUUCAACUGCAGUUCAACAUCGCCUCCGACUUUGUUGCUGGUCAGGUUGCCAACAAUGUCUUAAUUCUUGCCCUUGCUACUGGACGAAUUCUACGUAUAGAUUUGGAAAGUCCUUCAGACAUUGAUGAUGUCGACCUCCCCAAGAAGACCAGCGAGGUCGGCCUCAUACGACGCAUGUUCCUCGACCCCUCCGCUUCCCAUCUUAUCAUCAGCACUACUCUGGGGGAGAAUUUCUACCUCCACAGCCAGUCCAAGCAACCCAAAGCUCUGUCGCGAUUAAAAGGAAUAUCCAUUGAAUCGGUCGCGUGGAAUCCCUCUCAACCGACAGCCUCGACACGGGAAAUCCUCAUUGGAGCCGUCGACGGCAAUGUCUACGAGAUAUAUAUUGAACCCGCUACCGAAUUCUACCGUCGAGAAGAACGGUAUUCUGCACAUGUAUGGAAGAUACCCGAUGGUGCCGUCACCGGACUUUGGGCCGAGACCAUUGAUGGGAAACCUGAUGUGCGAAGGGUAAUUGUGGCUUCCCGCUCCAGACUAUGUCACUGGAUAGGCAAAUCAGGUGGACGAGGGAAAGAAGGUUCAGCCUCCAUCUAUGCCGACCUGUUUUCCAAAGAAGCACCCAUCACCCAUGAUACCACUGGAGCGUCGGCGACGGCACCAUCUUCUUUCUCCGUUUCGCCUGAAUCCCCGGAAUCCGGAACGGACUCCGAUCGAAGUUUUGCGUGGUUAUAUUCACAAGGGGUUUUCACCGGCAAACUAUUGACAUCUCCAGCAUCAUCUAAUCUUGGUUCCAAAAUCUUCCGUGAAGCCAAACUCCAUCCUCGGUCGGUCUUUCCGGAGACGAUAUCUGCUCGGGGCGGACGAAAACUGAUUCAAGAUCCCAUUGCGUCGGCGAUCCUAUCGCAGUGGCAUGUUUUGGCGCUCGCCGAGGGGCGCAUCGUUGCUGUCAACCGUCUGAAUGGCCGUGUCGUCUACGAUCAGGCAGUGUUGGAACCGGGACAGAGUGCACUUGGACUGGUGGCGGAUCAGAAAAAGAACACGUACUGGCUGUUCACCAGUCACGAGAUCUUUGAGGUGGUUGCCAAUGAUGAAGAACGAGACAUUUGGAGGAUCAUGCUGCAAAACCAAGAUUACGAUGCCGCUCUCCGAUAUGCCAAGGGAGUCGCACAAAAAGACUCGGUCGCCACUGCUUCGGGAGACUAUUUGUCGAGCAAAGGGCAAUAUUGGGAGGCAGCCAGUGUGUGGGGGAAGAGCAGUAAAGCAUUCGAAGACGUGUGCCUCUCAUUAAUCGACCAUGGCCAAGAAGACGCAUUGAGAAAAUACUUGAUGGCCAAAUUGGGAUCAUACAAGAAAUCGUCCAUCAUGCAGCGGGUCUUGAUAGCCACCUGGCUCAUUCAAAUCUUCAUGGCGAAGCUCAAUACUCUGGACGACAUGGUGGCCACCAAAGCUGAAUUGUUGGAGAACACCGACGCUGGUGGAGCGAAACAGGAUUUGGAAAGGACGCGAGAAGAAUUUCAAGAGUUUGUCACGAAACACAAAUCGGAUUUGGAUGCCAAAACCGUGUAUGAAGUGAUAUCCAGUCACGACAGAGAAGAAGAACUUCUCUUUUUUGCCAACACCGUCACCGAUUAUGACUAUGUUUUGUCGUAUUGGGUUCAACGAGAAAAAUGGACGGAAGCCCUUUCGGUGCUGAAUAAGCAAAGCAACCCGGAAACAUUCUAUCGGUACAGCAACGUCCUCAUGACUCACGUGGCCACCGGGUUGGUGGAACUUCUCAUGCGAAGAAGUAACAUUGACGCCCAACGAAUGAUUCCAGCACUCCUGAGCUACAACGAGAACGCGAACGUGCCUUUGAGCCAGAAUCAGGCGGUGCGAUAUCUGAAUUUUGUGGUGACGAAUAAUUUCGAAGUCCCGGCCUCGGUGCAUAAUGCGCUGAUUUCCAUCAUGGCCUCACAUCCGUCACCUUCAGAAAGUCCACUGCUGUCAUACCUUGAGAGUCAGCCCUCUCCUCCAUUAUAUGAUGCUGAUUUUGCAUUGAGGCUUUGCAUUCAACAUGACCGGGUGCAAUCCUGUGUGCAUAUAUACAGCGCAAUGGGACAGUAUCAACAAGCGGUGGAACUGGCUCUGCAGCAUGAUGAUAUUGACCUCGCGGCCAUCGUGGCCGAUCGGCUGGAAGGAAAGGACAAGGCGAGGAAGAGAUUGUGGUUAUUGAUUGCGGAGAAGAAGAUCCAGGAGGCGGCAUCGAUCAAAGAAGCCAUCAGUUUUCUAAAGCGAUGCGAACUCCUCAAAAUCGAAGAUCUGAUCCCGUUCUUUCCCGACUUUGUGGUGAUUGACGAUUUCAAAGAAGAGAUUUGUGAAGCCCUGGAGGAAUAUUCCCGACAUAUCGACAGUCUGAAGCAAGAGAUGGAUGUGUCCCAACAUACGGCCGAACAAAUCAAAGCCGAAAUUGCCGCCCUGGACCAUCGAUAUGCCAUUGUGGAACCAGGAGAACGAUGCUGGAUUUGCACCCUACCUGUUCUGAGCCGACAAUUUUUCGUGUUCCCAUGUCAGCAUGCCUUCCACAGCGACUGCCUGGGCAAGAGGGUAUUGGAGAGUGCCGGGUCCAGCAAAAGAAAACGGAUCAAGGAUCUGCAAACUGAGGUCAAUCAGGGGUUGACGGUAGGCGUGCAACGACAGAAAUUGGUCCAAGAACUAGAUGGACUGGUAGCUGAACAGUGCAUCUUGUGUGGAGACCUGGGUAUUAAACAGAUUGACGAGCCAUUCAUCCAUCAAGAGGACGAUGUAGGGGCAUGGUCUGUUUGA